AUGUCUCACAAGGGCAAGAACAGCGCCAGCUCGGCAAAGGGCAAAAAGCCUGCCAAAUCCAACGCUGAGAGCAAGGCCGAAGAUGUCCUGCAGGCAGUGGUUCUCGCAGACUCAUUUCAAGAUCGAUUCAAGCCUUUCACAGUAGAGAAGCCAAGAUGUCUUCUGCCGUUGGCAAACACCCCUCUCAUCGAAUACACCCUCGAGUUCCUGGCCAUGAAUGGUGUUCAGGAAGUCUACAUCUACUGUGGCGCACACACAAAUCAGGUCGAAGACUACAUCGGCCGCUCUAAGUGGGCGUCCUCGUCAAAACUGUCGCCCUUUUCAGUGCUCCAGUUUGUUAGAGUAGCCGAUGCUCGCUCCGUAGGCGACGUUCUCCGAGACAUGGACAAGCGAUCACUGGUGGACGGCGAUUUCCUCCUGGUGCAUGGCGAUGUCGUGUCAAAUCUCAUUCUGGAUGACGCCCUCGCAGCGCACCGAAAACGAAGAGAAGCGAGCGCCGCAAACAUCAUGACCAUGAUUCUGCACAGCGGCGGACCCGAUGAGCACAGAACCAAGACCAAUGGAAUUACUCCCGUAUUUGUGGUGGACACCAAGACUCAACGAUGCCUUCAUUACGACGAGAUGAACCCGCUACAGAGCGACCACUAUCUUUCAAUGGACCCUGCCAUUGCCGAUGAACUGUCAACGGAGUUUGAGAUCCGAGCCGACUUGAUAGAUGCCCAGAUCGACAUCUGCACCCCCGAAGUGCUUGCUCUCUGGUCAGAAAGUUUCGAUUAUGAGCUCCCCAGGAGAAACUUUUUGCACGGAGUGCUCAAGGACUGGGAGCUCAACGGCAAGAUGAUUUACGCCGAGAUUUUCGAAGACGGCUACGCUGCCCGAGCAAGCAACUUGCAGAUGUACGACUCCAUCAGCAGGGACAUUCUUGGCCGAUGGACGUUCCCUUUCAUCCCCGAAAACAACAUCUUCCUGAACCAGACAUUCAAAAAGCACAUCAACAACGUCAUUAUUGAGACUGGGGCGUCUCACGCCCAUGACGCCAAGCUCCAAAACUCCGUCAUUGGAACCGACACCAGCAUCGGCUCCGGAAGCAAAAUCAUCAACAGCAUCGUCGGCACUGGCUGCAAGAUCGGUUCUAAUGUUACGCUGGAGAACUCCUUCAUCUGGAACAACACCACUAUCGGAGAUGGAACAGCCGUAUCAAAAUCCAUCUUAGCGGGCAACGUAGUCAUCGGCAAGGGCUGCUCAAUACCCACUGGAUCACUCCUUUCCUAUGGCGUCCAAAUUAGCGACAACAUAUCUUUUUCCACAGCCGCCGUGCUAUCGACCGUCACGUCCACAGGCAAGCAAGUCGCAAAGGACACCAACCUCCUCGGCCCCGACAGCAACGCAGCCCCCUUCUACGACCCCGAGGACGAUGAGCUCGACGACGAAGAUCCUUCGAGGCUCCAAAAGUCCCUCAUCUACUCCCUCGCAAACUGGAACCUGUCCACUUCUUCCAUCUCGACCUUCAACUCCGACGACGAGUCCGACGACGAUGAUGACAGCAACCUCCUCUCCGCAGACCCCGCGCACUCCUCAAGGUCGCGCCUCUCAUCCUUUGCCUCUGACGAUUCCGCCGGCAAAAUGUCCUUUCACGCCGACGCCGUCCACGGUCUUCUCGAUGCUCUGCGCGCCGACUCGGGCGACUUUGACUCCGCCAAGCUCGAAUUCAUGGGUCUGCGUCUAGCCAACAACGCCUCCGACGCCAUGAUGCGAAAAGCUGUCGCCACGGCCUUUACCCGCCGCGCCGUGGAGCUCGUCACCCCCGAGCACGGCGGCCUCGACGCCAGUAAGGCUGCGGAGAGGGCCUUCACCGCGUGCAAGGGCGCCUCCAAGUUUGUCAACGAAGUCGGCGUCGGCGGCGGCGAGCCCGCGCAGAUUGAAUUCAUUCUCUCUCUGCAGCGGGCCUUGCAGCACUACUCCAAGGGCCAGGAGCAGCAGCAGGCCAAGAGCGCUACGCUGCUGCCGGCCAUGUUGCAGCAGCUGUAUGCCUUGGAUAUCCUGGAAGAGGAGGGCAUUCUGGGCUGGUGGGAGGAUGCCCGUGCGGUGGAUGGCGAGUCCAUGGCUGCAUUGAAGGAGAAAUGCAAAGUGCUCGUGGAGUGGUUAGAAAAUGCGGAUUCAGAGGAUGAAGAUGACAGCGAUGACGAUGACAGUGAUUAG